AUGGCUUCGCGCGAGAGCUUCGGCAGGAUUGGCUCGGACGACGAUUGGGAGGAGAUUGCUGACAACUAUUCCGUCAAGUCGUUAUCCUCCGACGAUGAAGAAGACGAGAAGCCCGCCGCGUCUCCCGUCCCGACCCGAUCCAAAGUCGAAUCUUCUCCUCGCAGUCAGACGUCUCCAACUCGACAUGCACCCCAAGUCAAUGCAAACCACGAUGCGAACGAUGCGAACAUGUCCAACCUAGGAGAUGCCCUAUCAGCGGUCGAUAUUGGCAGUCAGUCUGCUCCUAGACCGACCAGCCCCGUGUCCGUGGACAAGAUGGCAGCGAUGAAGACCGCGUCCGCAUCGAAGCCAAAGGCCCCGCUGCCGCCGAGCCAGCAAGAUUCCAAUGGCUCAAAGACAUCUGAUGUCAGCAAUGAAUCAACCUAUCCUAUCCUGCCGUACAAUGAUGCAACCCAGGAGUUGGGCAGCUGGAAACAGUCAACAAUGGGCAAAGUCACUUCCACUCCUCUCAAGAAUCUGAAUCCCCAGGAGUCAGGCCCCAGAAGAGGCGCGAAAGGCGCUCCGAGAAUCGGCGCCAUGUCAUUGGAAGGUUUUACUGAACAAGAGCGAAAGCCGAAAGAGGUGGUCUCGCAAUAUGGAGCGUCCUUUGGUGCAUCGACCCAUGACACGGUACCAGUAUCUCUUGGCGACACACUGGACCUCGACGAGACCUCCACAGAUCCCAUCGUCAUCGACAAUGCCCUACAGUCUCUUUCACGCAUGCUACGAGACACCAGCCCAGCACUUUGCAUAAUGCAUCUGAAGCAUGCGACGAAGGUCCUCCCUGCUUGCAAGUCUCUUCUGGCUCAGGUUGACAGUCUCACGCCCAUCCUUGCCGCCUAUGCAGCAAAGUGCAAUCAACCCACUACCACGGCGAGAGACGUCCCGCUGGAUGCUAGUCUGAUGAUGUGGAUCGUUUCACUCAGCCGCACUUUGUGGGAGAUUGGUUUUGAAUUCAAGAUCGUCGAGUCCAACAAUCCUGGCUCAAGCAGUCCAAAGCGUGCUCCUUCGCUUGAGACAUUGGUUGGUGAGCUUGAGAGCGCCGCGAAGCAAAUGGACGAAUUUCUCCCCAUCAUUCAAGCUGAUUUCGCCGAAUUUCAGAAGAAGCCAAUGUAUGUUUUCCCUGGUAUCACAGCGGCACCCGCACCCAAAUACGAGAUCGAAACUCCCAAUGACUAUCAACGACCUCGCAUCCGGCAGACUAUGUAUGGCCUGAAAAAGGAACUGCAGCAUGCCAUUUCCAUCCUGAAAGACUGUCAGAGAUGGCUUCCUGACGCUGCCAAGGUUAUAGUGGGUGAUGUUACUAAUGGCAUGGGCAUUCUUUUCGAUGUCGUUGGCGGCAUCAUGGCCAGCAAUGGUCCGGCGUGGAUAGAGGGCCUUACGUCGGAGACUGAAAGGCCCAGACUCAUCAACUACUCCGAGUUCGGAAACCUGGAUCCCAUCGUAAUCGAGGACUACAGCGCUCGCAUCCAACAGAUAUGCGGCUUGGUUCACAUUGACGCAGCUGAAAGCCGUACGUGGUCCGAGGAAAUGAUUCGGGAGCAUCACGUUUGCAUGCUCAUCGAGCAACAACAAAUCGACUCGUUGGAGCACAUUGUUUCAGUCUUGAAGGGGAUGCUGCUUCGUUAA